AUGCAUGCUGGCGUUCAACCCCUAAAAUCCCGUGUUCAGUGUGUACUCGUUCCAUCGUUACCGAAAGUAAUUUUUCACGGUCCCACUGAUGGAAAGUUGAUGGAACAGUUAAUGGCGUUUUCCGAAACUGUGAAUCAACGACUUGAGGUGCUAAGCGAGAACUUACGCUCUACCAAUGCGCGCGUUUUUGAUAUGGCUACGAAAACCACCCUGAAUUCGAAUUCCUUGAAGGAUCAAAUGUCUGAAUUUAAAGAACAGUUGAAUAAUUAUUCAACUGCGUUGAAACAGUGGCAGCUGGAAUGGCAAGCUCAUCAGGCCUCUUCCAGUGUUCCUCAAACGAAUGAGGUUGAAUCAGUGUCCGAAACUAGUAUGGAGACUUUGCUCCACUCCGCAAUUAAUCUGAUGAACCAGACAGUUUUGAUGCAUAUCGAGUCGCUACAGAUCGAACUUCGUGCAGAUGAGUCAGGACGAUGGAAACAGUAUGAAGAACGCUUGUCUAAACUGACUCUUCUAUUGGCCAACUUGCGGUUUCAGUUAACUUAUCGUAUUCGUCAAACAGAACAUCAGCUUAACCAACUCCGAUUGGAGCUACGUAAAAAUCUUGACCGAGAAUCUACAGUUGGUGGAGAAUUGUUGUCCCUCGUGAAUGACCUGAGGACGACCAUUACUAAACUGGAGGAGAAGCAUUUGUAUUUGCAAAAAGCUGUUGUGGAAACAGAUUCAAUUGCACGAAAUUCGCGGGAUGUCAUCCGUGAGUGCAAUCAACGCCUAUUACACAGCUGUAAUGGUUGUCGCCAAUUAGUUGCUGAACAGGUCAGCUUCGGUAUUGCAAAUCUGUCCGAUCAACUAACGAUUCAAAUCACUUCUCUCGUGGAGAAAGCACUUCUCAAACAGAUACAGACAGAAAAAUUUGAUUCCAAAUGGUUCACUCACCUAAACAAUGUGGUUGGUCAAAUAGCUCGAGAGUCCGUGGAAGAAGCUCUCAAUACUCGCAUAUACGUGGAUGACAAUACGGAUAACUCAAUGAUGAAUCUAAGUGAUAUAAGAACGAUUCAGAAGUUAAUUGAUACCGCUUUGUUGCGCUUCGCGGCUGAUCGAACUGGGUUGGCGGAUUUCGCUCUGGAGUCUUCCGGUGGCGCAAUUGUGGGAACACGAUGUACACGGACAUAUACAGAAGGUUCCUCAUUGUUCAGCUUAUUUGGCAUUCCAACAAUCCUACAGCCGGGUAAUAAUCCAGGCGAUUGUUGGCCAUUUCAUGGUAGUACCGGUCAGGCUGUUAUCCGUUUGUCCGCUCCGGUUAUCAUCUCUGCUGUUUCUCUGGAACACCUCCCGCGGUCGCUUGCUCCCAAUCAGCGUCUAGACUCCGCUCCGAAAGAUUUCGUGAUCAAGAAUCAAACGGAACCAGUGCAAUACGUUGAGUUCACUGUGCUAAGCAACCACGGCCAUCCAGUCUACACAUGUGUGUAUCGUCUCCGUGUUCAUGGUACGAUGGCUGAAUAG